AUGAGGUUCCUCUCUGUUGACACAUGUAACGAAAAUAUUGAGCUCGCGAAACAUGUUCACGCUGAUGUUCUUGUCGUGUGUCAACGUCAUGAAGGAAUUCUUCGCCUUCUCCAAGAUCAAUUUCCGGGUCCAAUUCUCCAUCAGCUCCAACAAUUACACGUCUGGUUCCUUGCAAAAUUUCUCCUGGUCGCAACAUAAGCUUUAUACCAUU